GCAGGACCAAUAGCAAUAAUGAAAACUCUGAUGAUCCUGCUGACUCUCCCAAUAAUGAUAAUUCUAAUGAUUCUGAUGAAGAAUACGAAUCUAUUGCUAAGCCUAGUAAUUUCCUAAAUAAAGCAUAUCAUAUGCAGUCUCGCUCAAAAAGUGUUCUAACUAGAACUAGUUUAUCCACA